UGUAACUUGACCUCCCUGCUCAGAGCGGAGUUUCUCCUCCCAGAGCUUCCAGUCUGACUGAGACCUGCUCCGGACUUUACUGGGUUAUUUCCCGGGACAGAAACCUGCAGAGACCCCAGAGACCAGUGCACAGACCUGAAACACACAAGAAAAUAGCCCGGAUCAGAGAUGGACAGCCGUCAUCUGUCCCAGCUGUAGGUCAGUGAUGGCCGUCGUGUUUCCUGGACGAGGAGGAGACGACGUCAGAUCCAGACUCCAUGUUGGUCGUCAUGGCCUCCCUGGAUGGUAGCACGCCGGUUGAGACGCUUCUGGCAGCGAUCCAUCUGGAGAGAUACCUGGACAUCUUCCGUCAAGCUGGUCUCCUAUUGGCUAGAGACUUUACUCACCUGGAUCAUGACGCCUUUGUCAGUCUGGGAAUAACCGCCACAGGACACAGGAAGAGAAUCCUACGACUGGUCAGUCACAUCCAGAGGACUGAAGCUCAAAGAGCCAAUCAGAAAGCAGUGACUGAUCUCCCACGUGACCGCUGUCAGUCUGUGACGGACAUUUCUUCUUCGGAGCGAGGCUGUGGCGCCGCUGCGCUCCAUCAGUCCACGGGACCCGUUAACUUCGAGGCGUUUAGGAACAGUUCGGCUCCGAACCUUGGCGCCAUGUUGACGAACUCAGACCCCAAUGGCAACAGAGUCAUGGUGAAGCCAGUUCCCAAACCCAGAACUGUCUUCAACCGCCGCAGGACUGCACCCAUCCACUUCUGUCCAACACCAGACCCAGCCCUGCCCAGGAGACUCUCCCAGGAGUCCAUCUGUUUCACUGUGUUAGAGGGUCUGACCUCAGGGGAUACACCUGACAACAGGUUGACCUCUGACCUCAACGACAAGUCGACCAGCCGAAGACCGAGUCAGGUGGAGAGGAUGAGGCGGAGUUUGUCUUUUUCAGACGCUGGGGGGUUGUUACCUCCAGUUCCCCCGAGGCUGAACCGCGGGGUCCCCCCCUCAGUGUUCAAGGGGUCCCCUCCCUCUUCUUCUUCACCUGUACAAACAGAGCAGAACCAGACUCACUCUUCACUGACUUCUGGUAGUCUGGACAUCAGCAGGCUCUCUGGAUCCCCACCCUCCACUUCACCUAGAGGAGGGGGGAUAGAGAUGGUCUCUAAUGAGAUCUACUGGGGCACUUUACCUGGAUCUACUGUCCCCAGUGGAGGGAGGAGUUACUGCAGCCAGCAGUCUGCUCCUCCAACUCCACCCAGACUAACUCCUGAGAGGAACAGUGGCAGCACUUUAAGUAACAACUCUUCAGGAUCAGCCAGAGCUUCGACAGACGACCCUGAGGAGGAGAUCAGUCCAUACUGUGAAACUGUUUUCCAACCCAGAAGACAUCCACACACCUGUGAGAGUGAGAGAAGCAGACUGGAGGGAAGAGAGACAAGGAGGGACGAGGAGAAACAUGCAGAGGAUCAUGGGAGUCAGAAGUUUUCCUGGACGAGACGUUUGUCUCAGGCUCUUCACUCCGGAGACUCUCAGGGUUAUAGCACCGUUGGAGAACCUCCACCCCCUCUCCGCUGCCUCUCCCUGCCCCACACCUUCCCCCCAGAGACUGACGAAGACCUGACCAUCUCCCCUUACGCCAGCUACACCUCCCUGACUGAGAGAGCCCCACCCAUCAUCAGCGGCUGGCUGGACAAGCUGUCUCCACAGGGGAACUAUGUUUUCCAGAAACGUUACGUGAAGUUUGACGGUAAAAACCUGAUGUACUUCGGCAGCGAGAAGGAUGUCUAUCCUAAAGGAGUCAUCCCAGUGGGUGCCAUCCAGAUGGCCCGCCCAGCCAAAGACAAUAAGUUUGAAAUAGUGACGAGUCAGAGGAUAUUUGUGUUCAGGACUGACAGUGAAGUGCUGAGGCGGCGGUGGGUGUCCACACUGCAGGAACAUGUCAGGGAUCAGCUGGUGUUCGGUCGGCGGCGGUUCGGUCCUGGUUCUCACUGUCAGAGACACGGAAUCCUGGAACUGAAGGGAACCAAGUCCAAAGUCUAUGCCGCCAUCAACACGGAUCAGAUCUGGCUCUACAAGAGUGAACAGUGUUUUCGUAACGGAAUCGGCAUCACAGUGAUCGAAGCUCGAGGAGCGACAAUCAGAGAUGGAAAGCACAAGAGCUUUGACCUCAUCACACCAUAUAAAACCUUCAGCUUCACAGCAGAAUCGGACCGAGAGAAGCGGGACUGGAUGGAGGCCCUGCAGGAGUCAAUCGCAGAGACUCUGUCAGAUUACGAGGUUGCCGAGAAGAUCUGGUCCAACCGGUCCAACAGGAUGUGUGCUGACUGCAAGGCCCUGAACCCAGACUGGGCCUCCAUCAACCUGUGUGUGGUCAUCUGCAAGAACUGUGCAGGGCAACACAGAGGUCUGGGGACGAUGGUCUCUAAGGUUCAGAGUCUGAAGCUGGACACCAGCGUGUGGAGCAACGAGAUCGUCCAGCUGUUCAUCAUGCUGGGGAACGACCGGGCCAAUGAUUUCUGGGCAGCUCGUCUCUCGGCAUCGGAGGAGCUCGACUGUGACGCUUCACCUGAGCAGAGGAGAGAGUUCAUCACCCAGAAAUACAGAGAGGGACGAUACCGCCUCCCCCACCCCAGGUUCAGCAGCCAGGACGAGCUGCUCAAGGUCCUGUGCUCGGCGGUCUCUGAACAGACUCUUUUAAAAACUGUCACUCAGAUUUUCUCUGAGGCAGAGUCAGUUCGUCUCGCCAACGACUCCAAUGGCUGCCAGCGACACCCCAACCUGGACCUAUGCAAGCCGUCAGAUCCCAGUGUGUACGAUGAGAUCAUGCAGCCUGUUCUUCACUCUGGUUUCCUCUACAAGUCUGGCUCCGUCAACAGAGGAACGCUGUCCAGGAAAACUCGAGAAGACUUCCAGAAGUUCUGGUGUUCGGUGGACCAGUCUCUGCUCUUCUACGAGUCGGACCGAUCAGCUGAUCCGUGCAUGCAGAUAAGUGUUAAAGACAUUGUGUGUUUGGGCAUCAGCCGGCCGGACUCGUCCAACAACAACAACGGAUUCAUCGACAGGUUUCGUUACACCUUUGAGUUGUACUUGACGUCAGAGAAACUUUAUCAGUUUGGUUUGGAGACAGCCGAUGCUCUGCACAGCUGGACUAAAGCCAUCGGGAAGGCCACCACCCCCCUCAGCUGCCACUGUCUCCUGACCCGGGAGUUUGAGCGGGUUGGGCUGCUUCGGUACCGAGCAAUGUUGGACCCUCAGCAGUGGAAGGAUGCCUAUUUCGUCCUGCAGAAGUCCAACCUCUUCAUCUGUCCCCGAAACGAUGGAGCGGCCGAGGACAUCAUCAACCUGAACCGCCUGCAGGAGCUCAGUAUCACCUCCGAGAACGAGAACCACGAGAAGAAAGACAUCCUGGUCUUAGUGGAGAAGGGAAGGACUCUCCACCUGCAGGGCAUCGGCCGGACCGAUUUCUCCCUGUGGUACUCGGACAUUCAGCGAGCAGCCGGCGGGAAAGGGAACACUCUGAGAGAACAGCAGCUGAGCAGAAACGACAUCCCCAUCAUCGUGGACAGCUGCAUCGCCUUCAUCACUCAGUAUGGUCUGGGCCAUGAGGGGAUCUACAGGAAGAACGGAGCCAAGUCCAGGAUCAAACUGCUGAUGGAGGAGUUUCGCAAAGACGCUCGUAACGUCAAACUGCGGAUCGGAGACCACUUCAUUGAGGACGUGACGGACGUCCUGAAGAGGUUCUUCAGAGAGAUCGACGACCCCAUCUUUAUGGCCGACCUCCACCCACUGUGGCAGGAGGCUGCCAAAAUCCCUCAGAGGAUUCAGAGGUUGGACCGUUACAAAGAAAUCAUCCGAAGUCUUCCUCGAGUCAACAGGACGACCCUUGCUGCUCUCAUCAGUCACCUGUACAGAGUCCAGAAGUGUGCCGGUCUGAACCAGAUGUGCACCAAGAACCUGUCGCUGCUGUUUGCGCCCAGUCUGUUUCAGACCGACGGGAAGGGAGAACACGAGGUGAAGAUCGUUGAGGAUCUAAUAGACAACUACCUGUAUGUCUUUGAUAUCGACGAGGAGCAUCAGACUCAGAUCGAGCUGGAAAUCAGCCUCAUCACCACCUGGAAGGACACUCAGCUGUCUCAGGCUGGUGAUCUGAUCAUCGAAGUUUAUCUGGAGAUGAAGAUACCAGACUGCUGCAUUACUCUCAAAGUGUCUCCUACCAUGUGUGCAGAGGAGCUGACCAAUCAGGUUCUGUACAUGAGGAACGUCCCGGCCGGAGACAAAGACAUCUGGAUGACGUUUGAGGCCAUCGAGGACGGACAGCUGGAGCGUCCGUUACACCCAAAAGAGAAAGUCCUGGAGCAGGCCCUGCAGUGGUGUAAGAUGGCCGAUCCGAGCUCGGCAUUCCUGGUGGUGAAGAGAGUUCCUAAAGGAGAAGGCAUUAACAUCCUCACCUCCUAUAAGAGUGACAUCAUGAAGAUCGGUCUGUUGAAGUGUCGUGAAGAACCUCCGAAGCUUCUUCAGGGAAACAAGUUCCAGGAGAGAACGUUUCAGAUCAAGGAACACAAACUGCUGCUGCUCAAAGACAAGAAGAGCAUCAAACCAGAGAAGGAGUGGUCUCUGAAGUCCAUGAAGAUCUACAUCGGCAUCCGCAGGAAACUGAAGGCUCCAACCAGAUGGGGUUUCACAGUGAUGUCAGACAAACACCAGCUGUUUCUGUGUUGUAGCUGUGAGGCCGACCUGUGGGACUGGAUCACCAGCUUCCUCAAAGCUCAGAACGACGACCCCGGUCCUCCGGUGCUAAGGCGUCACUCCUCAUCCGAUAUCUCCAAACAGAAGUUCGGCACAAUGCCGCUCGUCCCCAUCAGAGGAGAUGAGAGUAACAGCAGCAUGCUGUCAGCCAAUCAGACGCUGAGAAAGUUACAUGACAGACGGACACUCUCCAUGUACUUUCCCAUGAAGGUUCAGCAGGACUCAUUCGAGGAGCGUUCGGAGUCUCCUGAUCUCCCUGAGCCGCUCUACGAGGAGGUUGGAGACUUUGGCCUCCAGGUCCUCAGAUCUCUGGAGACAAGCUUCCUGUCCAGCAGCGCUGCAGAGACCCAGGAGGUCCCAGACCACCCGCCGCUCAGACUGGUUCCCGUGGAAACUGGACAUCCGGAUCACAUGAUCAUCCCUGACCGGACGGCGAGCGGCUCCGUAGAGACUCUGGAGCAGAGCGGCAGUAGCGGAGGUGGAGGAGGAGAUGGAGAAGCAGAGUGCAGCUCUCCGGACCUGAACGCCCCCCAGCAGCCGGCAGUGAGGAGGAGGCAGCAGCUGCAGGGAGUCUGUACUCCGUCACAGGAACUCCUCCUGCAGGAGCUGUCGUCUGCUUUCACCAAGAAGACGGACGAGGAGGAGGAGGAACAAGAGCAGGAGCAGGAGAGGCCAUAUGAUGUCUGAAGAAAAAAGUUUAUAGUUUAUAAGUUUAGUAGUAGAAAAAUAAGUGAAAAUAAACCAGUCACAGAGCAGAAGAGCGAUGGAGUAAUUGUUUGGGGUGGUGGGGUAAAAACGAGAGAUGAGAGCUGAUCUGCUGCAGAAAAGUUGAACUCCUCUCUGUCUGUAGUUACAGCUGUGUGACUGCAGGUGGCUAGUGCAGUGUCGUCAGUUUUACACUGAGAUCAGUUUAAUAAAACCAACAUUGUGUUUAACAGAAUCCAGUCCAGUCUCAGUCCAGGGUCCAGAUCAGACUGGAUCAGACUGGAUUUAAAGUGAGGAGGACUAAACCUGAGGAGGUGAAAGAUCAGAAUAAAGAGCUGAGAUAAAACUGAUGGAUCUGGAUCAGACUCUGGUUCAUCUGGAGUCAGACUGAAGUCAGAGCUGAAAGAGUUUUCACCAAACUGAGGAUGGAGCAGUGGACACUGUGGUUGGCUGAGAGGUCACCUGACUCACAGCCACCUGAGGAGCUGAACGUGUCUGAUGCUGUGAUUGGUUGGAGCAGAGUGAAGCAGGUGGAGGCUGAUUGUUUGUUCCAGUAUUUCACAUUUCUUCUCAGUCAUUUCCUCACUUCUUUGAAAGUGUUUGGUGUUUUCUUCUCAUCAGGAUGAAAAACAUUUUCAGAUGUCCAUGUUUUAUCAAGUUAAUCUCUUAUUACAGCGACAGCAGCGUUGUACAGGACAUCAUGUUCACAGUCAGUUUGUGGUUCAGUUCACUGUGUUCAGACACUUCACUGCUCGACUGUAACUGUGCUCGACUCUCAUCAGAGACAACGUCUUUAUUCCACACGUUCCUCCUCUCUGUCAAAAUUUGCUGCCUACAUUGCCCACAAUGCACCCCAACCUCCAAGCUGGAGGCAGAUAGAGCUGAUGAUUCACUGGACAUUAAACAGUUUUUACAUCAUGAGUUCAUUCAGUGAACAUCUGUUAGAAACAUCUGUCCAUAAACAGAUGUAAUCAGUUCUGAUCCUGAUCAUCAGUCCAGCCAAAACUCACCAGGAUCAGAUUCAGAUUUUAGACACACAUCUAAAGAUACUGUGUAACACAUCUGUCCUAACAUACACAUCUGUUGUUUGUUCCAUAAGCUAAAUGUUCCUGAUGAACAAACUGGUUUUAACCGUUAUUGUACAUAUGAUUGUGUUUGAUCAGUGGCUUAACUCCAACACUGUCUCUGUUCUUUAACACUGGUGGAUUUAUUCAUUACAUGACAUCACUGGAUUUAUUAUUUCAUUAUAUCACAGCCUCUUUAUGUGUUAAUUUAUUUUUAAACCAUUAAUGUUCCUGUUUGACUUUUGAAACUGUGACAGGAUGUGAUGUUCAGAGCGUCCUCAUUAUAACCUCCUAUUAUAUCUAAUAUUCUCUUCUACAUUUAGAAUUAACCUCAGAGGACAGAUAAUACACCACAGACUGGAGGAGUGUUGAAUCUCUGUCCACCAAUCCUCCCAUAACACAGUCUAACUGGUCCCAGUUUGACUCCAGCACUGGUCACACUGGUUUGAUGAUGGUUAUAUUAUUAUCUAUAUUUUCAGGGUCUGUCUGUUGUACAGGAUCCUGUUAAGCUGUUUCUCUCCUGAUUGUUCUGUUUCAUGCACAUGAAGGAUGAAAUUAAAAUAUAUUUUGGUUGAUAA